GGUUACUUGUGUUCCCUCCCUGCCUCCUACACCCCAGCAGUAUAAAUGGAGCGGUUUGCUGACUGAGAGCAUGAUACAGUAUGUGGAUGUACAGGUCCCCACUGACAACAAUGAAGCUGGUCAUCCUUGUGGGACAGCUUGGCCUAAUUCUUUGGGCUAAUGCCCAGAUGCCACCUGCAUGCAUUAUUAGCGAAACAAACAGACCUCCAGACAACUCAGAUAUAACUGUAGUCUGCGGCACACAACAUGUCGACCUGUCGAUCUACAUUUGUCCAAUGUACCAAGCUCUUUACAACGAGUCACUGAUGGUUCUCAAUAAUCAGCACAGCAAAUCUGAGUGUUUUGGGACUGCUGAUUGGAGUGUCUCGCCACCAGUUUUAAAAUUUAGAUUCCCUAUAAAUGAAAGUUCCCUCUCGGUCUGUGGCAAUAACUAUAAGAUAAGCAGUAAAAUUGGAACUGGAGAGUUUGCUGAUUUCUCAAAUGUCCAGUUUGUGAACAUAUCUGGCACUGUUACAUCUUUAGACCCCUCUACGGGCAUGAUCACGUAUCGCCCGCAGAUCUUGUACAAGUUCUCCUGUAACUAUCCGAUGCAGUACCUGCUGAACAACACUAAACUUGGCGUAUCAGGUGUGAAUGUUGCCAUUAGAGACAACAACGGUAGCUUCAUCAGCACACUGAGUAUGCAGCUCUACAAAGAUGCUCAGUACCAAGAGAUUCUGACAAUUCCACAAACAGGACUGAACCUUAAAGCCAAGAUUUAUGUUGCAAUUAAAGCUACCAAUCUGACAGAGAGGUUCAACUUGCUGCUGGACAGAUGCUACGCCACAACAAGUUCAAAUCCCAUGCAAACGACCUAUUAUGACCUUUUUGUGGGGUGCACACGUGAUACACAGACUAAGGUGGACCUCAACGGGGUUUCACAGAAAGCAUACUUCUCCUUCGAGGCCUUCAGAUUUGUGGAGCACAAAAAUCUGUCCGUUUCCACCUUCUACCUGCACUGUGCCACCAGACUUUGUGAGGCAUCCACCUGUAGCUCGUUACUGCCUGUUUGUGGAGGUGUCAAAAACAGGAGAAAGAGGGAGACUGAUGAUGUGCCAACCAACGCUACAAUCACUUCUCCUCCCAUACUUGUGGGCAAACAGAGCACCGAUGCCAAACCUUUUGCAGCUUCUCAGGCUACGUCAUCUGAGAGCAGCUACAGCAGUCCCGUGGUGGCUGUAAUCGUCUGCAUUGUCCUCAUUGCUGUUUUCAUUGCUGCCCUGACUGUUUAUUUUGGGUUGCACAUAAGACGAAAAAAAAGUCUCAUGGCUUAACAUCCUCUGACUAAGAAUGGAGCCCUUUUAUUCAACAGCGAAUGUAAUACAUCAUUAACUACAACGCAUGACCAUUUUUAUAUUAGAUAAUCAUGGGAAACAAUAGAAAUGAAGCAUCAUGGUGUUGCACUUCUAGGUUUAUAAUUUCACAAACAUAGCAUCACAACACAGGGGUCUCCAGGUAUCUUGACACAAUAUGUUAUAAUCAAUACAAAUCACAGUUUGUAAACAUGGAGAUGAGGGCUUAAUACAUUCUACAGCUUAAUAACUAUAUACUGUAAUUAAAUGUUAGUUUUAUUCAUAUUCUCAGCCUCAUAUUGAGAUGUUUUGGUAAUCAGUUAGAAAUGAUCUUUCAGAUUUUCUUUUUUACUGAGGAAUGUUUUAUUCUUUUGGCUGAAAAUGUUUGUAUAAAAUAGUGAUAACUGGCUGACAUUGUCAGACCAGUUAUGUGGGAAGACUGUAUGGAUCUGGAGAUUUGUCUGCUGUACUGUUUCGCCAGUUUGAAUAAACUACCCUACCAUUACACUGAAGUACAGAAUAAAUAUAAAAAGCUAUAACUUUGUCUGGAAUCCAGGGUAUCUGUUUUAU